ACCUGCCUCUUGAGACACCUUCCCGGCAGUGGGAACCGUCCUCUCCCGCCCCUGGUUAGGUCAAGGGCAUGACACUUUGAAUUCCUUCACCUCCCUUCACUAACAGACAACCCCACGGGAAUCUCAAGCAGGCUGCAGGCCUUUCUCAGUUCUCGAUUAAUCUUCGAAGACAUUCGUUCCGUCCUAGUCCGGAGGAGUGGCCCAGUAAAACGAAUGAGUUUUUAAAAUUCUGGAUAAGAACAAGAAAGAGGAAGUGGAACCUGUGUUAAAUCAUCCUAAUGUUCUUGUAUGUGUGGAAAGACAGCAGAGAUACUGGAUAACUUUAAACUUUCUUAAGAUGUGGAAACUGAAGACCCGAGGAGGUGAAAAGACUUGUUUAAGAGAGUACACAGAUUUGCUCAAGAUUCCCUGUCUACCCCUGCACCGCCAGGAGGACAGUAAAGCCUUGCAGAGGCUGCAUCGGCAGCUACUUUCUCAUUUCUUGUUUGCUGUGUGGACAGACAUUGCAGCUGUGGUGACUGACGGUUAUUGGUUGCCUAGUUACAAAUUAAAGUCUUCCUGGGCCACGGGCCUGCAUCUUUCUGUCUUGUUUGGUCACGUGGAAUGUCUUCUGGUGCUACUGGACCACAAUGCUACAAUCAACUGUAGACCUAAUGGGAAAACCCCUCUUCAUGUGGCUUGUGAAAUGGCCAACUUGGAUUGUAUUAAGAUCCUCUGUGACCGUGGAGCAAAGCUCAAUUGCUACUCCUUAAGUGGACACACAGCUUUACACUUCUGUACGACUCCAAGCUCCAUCCUCUGUGCCAAGCAAUUGGUUUGGAGAGGGGCGAACGUGAACAUGAAGACCAACAACCAGGAUGAGGAGACGCCCUUGCACACGGCUGCCCACUUCGGCCUCCCGGAGCUGGUGGCCUUCUACGUGGAGCACGGGGCCAUAGUGGACAGUGUGAACGCCCACAUGGAGACCCCACUGGCUAUCGCCACCUACUGGGCCCUCCGCUUUAAAGAGCAGGAGUUCAGCAGGGAGCAUCACCUCAUCUGCCGCAUGCUGUUGGACUACAAGGCCGAGGUCAACGCCCGGGAUGACGACUUUAAAACUCCGCUCCACAAGGCAGCCUGGAACUGUGACCACGUGCUCAUGCACAUGAUGCUGGAAGCUGGCGCAGAAGCCAAUCUCAUGGAUAUCAAUGGCUGUGCUGCCAUCCAGUAUGUGCUAAAGGUCACCUCUGUGCGACCUAACGCCCAGCCUGAGAUCUGCUACCAGCUGCUGUUGAACCAUGGGGCAGCUCGAAUAUACCCUCCGCAAUUCCACAAGGUGAUACAGGCUUGCCAUUCUUGUCCCAGAGCAAUCGAAGUUGUUGUCAAUGCCUAUGAACAUAUCAGGUGGAACGUCAAGUGGAAAAGAGCUAUCCCUGAUGAUGACUUGGAGAGAUACUGGGAUUUUUACCACUCUCUCUUCACUGUGUGCAGUAACUCUCCAAGGACUCUCAUGCAUUUAACAAGAUGUGCCAUUCGAAGAACGUUACACAGCAGAUGUCACAGAGUAAUUCCUUUGCUUUCCCUCCCAUUGUCAUUGAAAAAGUACUUGCUUUUAGAGCCAGAGGGAAUCAUUUAUUAAGCCUUAUGAGACAGAAGAUCCCAAUCCUAGAUGUUUAAGUGGACUCGCUGAGUAGACACAGUUUGCAUAAAUAAAAUGGUACUUGGGUUGAUUAUAACACUUCAGGGAUUUAAAAACACUUCACAAACACUAUGUCAUUAAUCCUAGAGUAUCACGGUGAGGGGAAAUAAACAAGAGGUAAAGUUAAGGUAGUCUCAAAAACAAGAGCAUAUCCAGAAGAUCCUGACAUAACAAUAAUAAUUAAUAUGUAUAGUGCUCUUACUUGGUGCCUGCUAUAAUUUUGUAAGAUUUUUCAUAUGUUAUCUCAUUUGAAAUGGGACCCAGGUUUUCUUACAACCAAUUUCAUUCUCUCCCUUAUCAGUAAUAAGUUUACAUUACCGUUCAGUUGGCAAAAUGCUAGGCUUUAGGAUGGGCCUCUUAACCUUGGUGUCCUCCACCCACUCCCACUUAGCAGAAAUUACUGUGGCUAGUUUUGCAAACUCCUUUCCAUAUACUAAGCUCCUCAACUUACUUUUAGUGAAGAAAGCACAAGCAUACUCAAAACAAAGAAAUCUUUGAGUCAAAUUAGAAAUGAAAAACAAAGAUCAGUCCACUUGAAAGUCAAAAUGGACAUUUUAACACUCUCAUUGAACCAAAGACUGGAGAUGCAAAGAUGAGUCCAAAGCGAGGACUCCUGCCCUCCAGGAUCUCACCAUUUAGCAGAGGAUCCGUACACAUAAGCAGGGAACUGCAGUGUCAGAUGUCAGGGGCAAGAGU